AAAAAAAAAAACACAAGUUGAAUCGAAAAUUGUAGUGAGAUUUCAACUAUUUGAUAACGAUUUAUUCUAGUUAAGAGGACUACAACCAUGUCUACAUACGAAGAUGAUCACAAUAUAGCGAAUUCCAACCGUCAAUCUCCUCAACCUCAACCGAGAUCAAGACAACAUCAAUCAUUAUCAUCAAUCAUUCAAUCCUUCUUAACUCAAGAAAAUACAGGAGUAGUAAGUGAAGUCCCCAGUGAAGAAAUCGUCAGCAAUGCAUUACGAAUGUUAAAUGAAGAAAAUGGAUCAGAAGUAGUUGAACAAUUAUUAUCUCAAAUUGAUACUGAGAAUUUAGAUUUACCCCAUUCUAAAAAAAUCAAAGGAGUUGAACAAGAAUUCAUUGAUGCUUUACCUCGAGUUGAUUUGAAAAAACUUAAACCAGAUGCUGAUUGUCCCAUCUGUACUAAUAAAUUCGUCGAUAAUAAAUAUCCUUUGAUUGUAAAAUUACCUUGUCUUCAUACUAAAGUGGAUCAUAUAUUUGAUUUAGAAUGUAUUGGUCCUUGGUUAAAAUUUAAUUCAACCUGUCCAUUAUGUAGAUUUGAUGUAUUGGAGGCUGAUAAAUUUAGACGUGAGAAACUUGCUGCUGAAUUGAAACGAUUAGAAGAGGAAGAUGAAGAAGAAGAAGAUGAUGAUUGGCAGAAUUAUGGAUAA